AUGCACCAACAUCUUGAAGUGAUAAAGCAAUUCCUGGGAUAUCACAUACCACCACCUUUAAAGAUUUUGUCGGUAAUUCUCAUGACCAUUCGGGAUUUUGAAUUUCGAGAUUUUGGAAUUCGAGGUAUAAAACCACGAACAAUAUUUAAAAUGAAACAACAGCCGUUCAAUUGA